AGAUGCUGUAACAGCUCAUUGCAAAGUUACGCACUGGAGUCGGAGCCGUAGUGAAAGCUGCUGCGUCAGGUUGUGCCCUCCUGGUUCUCGGUCCGGCACAUCGAUCCCCGCUCAUCCCAGACUCUCCGGCCGCCUUCAGCCCGCUGACAUGUCGUCCUAAAAAAAAAAAGAUGGACCGAGCAUCGCUGUGAACCAGACGUUGUUCUCAGAUACGCGGCGUUCAUUAGCGGAGGAACUCACGAUGAUGUCCUCUUACUACCACCCCGCCAAGGAAGCAGACAUGGCGGCCAUGACAGAGCCGCUCUGCCUGGAAAGAGAUGUUUGCAGGGUGAUCGAGCUGCUGGACCGUCUACAGCGGAGCGGUGAGCUGCCUCCACCCAAACUGCAGGCCCUGCAGAGAGUCCUGCAGAGUAAAUUCUGCGCUGCCAUCAGAGAGGUCUAUGAGCAGCUCUAUGACACUCUGGACAUUGUUGGAGGACCAGAAGUGCGAGCGCAGGCAACAGCCAAGGCUACAGUGGCAGCCUUUGCAGCCAGCGAGGGCCACGCCCACCCAAGGGUGGUGGAGCUGCCCAAGACGGACGAGGGUCUGGGCUUUAACAUCAUGGGGGGCAAAGAGCAGAACUCCCCCAUCUACAUCUCCAGAGUCAUCCCUGGAGGGGUGGCUGACCGCCAAGGGGGGCUGAAGAGAGGAGACCAGCUGCUGUCUGUCAACGGCGUGAGUGUCGAGGGGGAGCACCAUGAGAAGGCCGUGGAGCUGCUGAAGGCCGCCCAGGGUUCAGUCAAACUGGUGGUCCGUUACACCCCAAAGGUCCUGGAGGAAAUGGAGGCUCGCUUUGAGAAGAUGAGGAGCGCCCGGAGACGACAGCAGCACACCAGCUACUCGUGAGACUGCUUAUCUCUGGAGUCCAGGGGCUAGCUAAUCCAAUGCCUCCAUCCACCUCAUUGUCCAAUACUCCUGACUCCUCUGUUCCUUUGGGAGGCAAGACUGUAGAUGAGAAGCAAAAAACCAAAGUAGCCUACCAACACCUGUUACCUGAACUUCUUCAUGAAGCCGGCGCUGCAGUUUAGGAUUCUGUCCCUCCCUCUUUCCCUGUUUCUUAGAAAAAAACGCUGAGUAAGCUUGUUGUGAGCCCAUGCCUGUAAUUUCAUGUCCCCAGUGUGAAACCAUCCUCAGCAUCCGAUCACAUAAGGGCAACACAUUGAUCCCUUUAGUGUGUGGCUUAGCUACAGACCGGUGUUUCUGUUCUUAAAUGGUUUUUAACUUUUGCGUUCUCAUGUAGUGCACUGCACUCCUCAGCAGUGUCCACUGUCUGCAGUUAGACCUCAAGUAGCAGAGGAAACAUGGAAACGGACACCUCCAGCUUUCACCGCCAUUUCUCCUUCAGAUGUCCCAGCUUAGAGGGCUAACCAUUAGCAUUACGAAGAACUACGCUGAAAUCAAUGGCUGGCAAGUAUCAAGUGUCAGGAAUUGUUUUGUAUUCAUUCAUUUGUUGCAUUCGAUUCAUUUAGUUGCAGAAUUAUUCAUGAAAUAAAGUCCAACUGUGUAAACUGCA